UCGGCUGCGCGCGCACCGCCCCUCGCACCAGUGCGCGCGCGCGGCCCCGCCCCAUUCCCCGCCGGCGCUGGGAGCCCGAGUCCGCGGGAAGAUGGCGGCCCCGCUCAUCCCCCUUUCCCAGCAGAUUCCCACCGGAAAUCCAUUAUAUGAGUCUUACUACAAGCAGGUAGACCCAGCAUACACAGGGCGAGUUGGGGCGAGUGAAGCUGCACUUUUUCUAAAGAAGUCUGGGCUCUCAGACAUUAUCCUUGGGAAGAUAUGGGACUUGGCCGACCCAGAAGGUAAAGGGUACUUGGACAAACAGGGUUUCUAUGUCGCAUUGAGGCUGGUGGCCUGUGCGCAGAGCGGCCACGAAGUCGCCUUGAGCAAUCUGAGCUUGAACAUGCCGCCGCCUAAAUUCCACGACAGCAGCAGCCCUCUGAUGGUCACGCCGCCUUCUGCAGAGGCCCACUGGGCUGUGAGGGUAGAAGAAAAGGCAAAAUUUGAUGGAAUUUUUGAAAGCCUCUUACCUGUCAGUGGUUUGCUGUCUGGAGACAAAGUCAAGCCAGUCCUCAUGAACUCAAAGCUGCCUCUUGAUGUCCUGGGCAGGGUCUGGGACCUCAGCGACAUUGACAAGGACGGGCACCUGGACAGAGAUGAGUUUGCAGUGGCCAUGCACUUGGUGUACCGAGCCCUCGAGAAGGAGCCUGUGCCCUCCGUCCUGCCCCCAUCCCUCAUCCCGCCCUCCAAGAGGAAGAAGACAAUGUUCGCGGGUGCCGUGCCUGUCCUGCCCGCCAGCCCCCCACCAAAAGACAGCCUCCGCUCCACGCCUUCCCACGGCAGCGUCAGCAGCCUCAACAGCACUGGAAGCUUGUCUCCCAAGCACAGCAUCAAGCAAGCACAGCCAACAGUAAACUGGGUGGUGCCAGUGGCAGACAAGAUGCGAUUUGACGAGAUUUUCCUGAAGACCGACCUGGACUUGGACGGCUAUGUGAGCGGCCAGGAGGUGAAGGAGAUCUUCAUGCACUCGGGCCUCACCCAGAACCUUCUAGCACACAUAUGGGCCCUGGCCGAUACGAGGCAAACGGGGAAGUUAAGCAAAGACCAGUUCGCGUUAGCUAUGUAUUUCAUUCAGCAGAAGGUCAGUAAAGGCAUCGACCCCCCUCAAGUCCUCUCGCCGGACAUGGUGCCGCCCUCGGAGAGAGGCACUCCCAUCCCGGAUAGUUCAAGCACUCUUGGAUCGGGGGAGUUUACCGGUGUGAAGGAACUUGACGACAUCAGUCAGGAGAUCACCCAGUUACAGAGAGAGAAAUACUCACUGGAACAAGACAUUCGAGAAAAGGAAGAGGCCAUCAGACAGAAAACCAAUGAAGUACAGGAAUUACAAAAUGAUUUAGACCGGGAAACAAGCAGUCUGCAAGAGCUAGAAGCUCAAAAACAGGAUGCCCAAGACCGCCUGGAUGAAAUGGACCAGCAGAAGGCCAAGCUUCGAGACAUGCUGAGUGACGUCAGGCAGAAGUGCCAGGAUGAGACCCAGAUGAUUUCCUCGUUGAAGACACAGAUCCAGUCUCAGGAGUCUGACCUCAAGUCCCAGGAAGACGACCUGAACCGGGCCAAAUCUGAGCUGAACCGACUGCAGCAGGAGGAGACGCAGCUGGAGCAGAGCAUCCAGGCUGGGAAAGUCCAACUGGAGACCAUCAUCAAGUCCCUGAAGUCCACUCAAGAGGAAAUCAGCCAGGCCAGAAGCAAGCUGUCCCAGCUGCACGAGAGCCGCCAGGAAGCCCAGCGCAGCCUGGAGCAGUACGACGAGACGCUCGCCGGGGCCCCCGGCGUCGGCCUGACCGCCCUGGCAGAGCUGAGCGCGGGUGUCUCCCUGACAGAGAGGGGCGGUUUUGGAGCCAUGGAUGAUCCUUUCAAAAAUAAAGCCUUGUUAUUUAGCAACAACGCCCAAGAAUUGCAUCCGGAUCCCUUUCAGGCAGAAGACCCCUUCAAAUCUGACCCAUUUAAAGGAGCCGAUCCCUUCAAAGGUGACCCAUUCCAGAGUGACCCCUUUGCCGAGCAACAGACAGCUUCAACAGAUCCAUUCGGUGGGGAUCCUUUCAAAGAAAGUGACCCAUUCCGUGGCUCCACCCCUGAUGACUUCUUUAAGAAGCAGACAAAGAGCGACCCGUUUACCUCAGACCCGUUCACGAAAAACCCUUCCUUACCGUCAAAGCUCGACCCCUUUGAAUCCAGCGAUCCUUUUUCAUCCUCCAGUGUCUCCUCAAAAGGAUCAGGUCCCUUCGGAGCCUUAGACCCCUUCGGAAGUGGGUCCUUCAAUAGUGCCGAGGGCUUUGCUGACUUCAGCCAGAUGUCCAAGCCCCCAACUUCUGGGCCUUUCACCUCCUCCUUUGGAGGGACAGGAUUCUCAGAUGACCCCUUUAAAAGUAAGCAGGACACUCCCGCUGUGCCUCCGAAGAAACCUGCUCCUCCGCGGCCUAAACCGCCGAGCGAAGCAGUGGCUGAACAGGAAACCCCUGCAUUGUACACGUUGCUGGGUGUGCAGGAAAUGGCUGUGUGGGUGUCAGUGAUUGGGCCCUCGCGCCUGCGGCGACAGAUAGCGGGAUCCUGUGCCCCGGGCCCCACCCUCGCCACUUCCUGUAAAAGUACACCCGUAAGCCAGCUUGGUUCUGCAGACUUUACCGAACCCCCUGAUCCAUUCCAGCCACUUGGGGCCGACAGCAGUGACCCGUUCCAAACUAAAAAGGGGUUUGGGGACCCGUUUAGUGGAAAAGAUCCAUUUGCUCCCUCCUCUUCAGCUAAACCUUCUAAAGCCUCCUCUUUGGGCUUUGCAGACUUCACCUCUUUUGGCAAUGAGGAGCAGCAGCUGGCAUGGGCCAAGCGGGAGAGCGAGAAGGCGGAGCAGGAGAGGCUGGCGAGACUGCGGCGGCAGGAGCAGGAAGACCUGGAGCUGGCCAUUGCACUCAGCAAGGCCGACAUGCCCGCUGCCUAGGUGCGGCCCCACUCUCAAGUGCCCGGAGGCAGGAUGGACAGGGGUCGGGCAUGCGGCAGGAGAGGACGUGGAAAUCCCUACAUAUACACACACACUCGCUCUUGGUGGUCCCCGAGUCACAGCCACUGUUACGUCAAGGACUUGCUGGUCAGAGAGCCCUGGGCACUGGAUGCCUCACCCAGGAAGAGGAGACACGGUUCACCCCAGCAGAGGGAGGCCCGAGGAGAGGCCGAGGACCCACCUGUUCGCUGUGACACCCCCGCCUCCCUCCUGGAACUGGCAGGCAGAGCAUGGGGCGAGCAAAGGAAGCGCCUGUCUCCUUACCCUCACCCGCUGCUCACACCCGGGCACACCCAGCCGAUGCCUCCCUGACUCCCCUACCAGACAGACACCCCGGUGAUGUAUGCAUUCAUUGUAUAAAAAUUAAGUUUGAAUGAUUAAUAUAAAAUAUUUUAAUACAAAA